GGUUGGUUUAGCCCUUUGUACAGUGCAGAGUUAGCCUAUGCUCAAAGUUACCUCUCACACUAGCGGUACAAUGAAUUAUCAUCAUUGACAACACAUGGAUCCUCAUGGUCUCAUUCUCUUCAUCCAGCACCUAGCUCAUCCUGUCUCUGACCCCACUGUGAUUGAAAACUCCUGCCAUCAGUGACCUCCUCAUGUGCAUCAUCUUCUUGAAGUUUGACCCUCGGCCUGCAUCCAAAAAUGCCUACAGGCUUAUUCUGGCUGCUAACAGAGAUGAGGUCUACAGCAGACCGUCCAAGGCUGCAGAAUUCUGGGGCAGCAGCAGUGAGAUCCUCAGCGGUCUGGACAUGGAAGAGGGGAAAGAAGGUGGUUCAUGGCUGGGAAUUAGCAAACGAGGAAAACUGGCUGCACUGACCAAUUACCUGGAAGCACGGCAAAAUCCAGACGCCCAGGGGAGAGGUUUUUUGGUGUCCAACUAUUUGACGGAUAACUUGGACAGUUUGGCAUACCUCCGCAAAGUGUCUUCAGAAGCGCAUUUAUAUAAUGGCUUCAAUCUCCUCACUGCAGAAUUCAGGGCCAACGAAGACACUUUGUGUUACUAUGGAAACAAGGGCAGUUCAGAGCCCAUUCAUCUCAAAGCAGCAGGAAUCUAUGGGUUGAGUAACUCUCUUUUGGAAACUCCGUGGAGGAAACUGCAGCACGGCAAACAGCUGUUCAGCAGUGUAGUGAGCAAAACGCUGCCCCCCGAUGGCUUAGUGCAGGAGCUGCUCCACAUCCUCAAUAACGAGGAGCUAAACAGCCCAGACCCUGCGCAGGAGAGUCAAGGUGUAGGCUACAGUAAUGCCAUGCUAAAAGCGCUGUCUGCAGUGUGUGUUCGCUCACCGGGAUACGGCACAAGGACCAAUACAGUCAUCCUCAUUGACCGAGAGGGAAACGUCAGCUUUACGGAGCGCACCAUGCAAAACUGUGACAUCACCCAGUGGAGGACGAACAGCUUCCACUUCAGACUGCAGGAAUGAAGGCCAGAUUCAGGGCCAAUGGAAGAGAUCUUUCACGGUGUGCCUUUAUCCAGCCAUUAUCUGCUCAAGCCAUGCAGCACCACUGUUUCUACCAGUAUGAACGUCAAGGCCUUCCUGUUUACAUGGGAAAGCAUUUAAUUAUUAUUAUUAUCAUUAUUAUUAUUAUGGCUCUUUUCUGAGAGGAAGCUUGAUUGCACUUUCUUUUUCUCUUUUGUUGUUUAAAGUAAAUCUUCUAUCUAAUUUAGCUCAACAACCAGCGACGUCCACACUGAAUACAUGUCCAUAACCUCAUUUUUCUAUACAGUAUUCAAUUCCAUCCACAGAUUGUUUUCUCGCAAAUCAGUUGAAAUGAUUUCACCUGGAUGUCAUUACACUGUAAAAAAAUGCUGGGUUCCACACAAUUGAUUUGUGUUAAGGCAACAUGAAAAAAUUAAUGUUUUUACAAAUUUAGGUGGAUUGAACAUAAAACAACCAAGUUGUCCCAAAAAACCUCAAGAAUUUUGAUUUUUCCAGUUCGUUUUAAAUAAGAAGUUAGAACAAACUUCAUCGUGUUCAUGAGUGUAUGAGGUGUAGUUUUCAGAACAUGGUGUUCUCUCUGCUUCUGCUAAAGGUGUAAUUCACCCUAAAAUUAUCAAUUCUAAAUUUUGUUGUUAAUUUACUCACCCUCAGGGCAUCCAUUCUUCUUUUUUUAGCUGAAACCAUUGUCAUGGAUUAUUAAAAAUGCAAGUAGACACAUAUCUUAGUACUUUGAGAUUAAAAAGAAAACGAAGCAAUUUAAGAGUCAUGGCCCCUGAUGAUACAUUCAGGUCUAAUACAGCAAAAAUGCUAGCCCGUGCAAGAAACCGCACAGUAUUCACAACGUUAUUACUAUUAUGUAAGUCACAUCCUCUGCAAACAAUCCAGAGAACAUUCACAAGCACCGUAAUGAAGUUGGUAUAAAAAUAUAUUGGGAAUUAGUAAACCGUUAGCCUCCCCAGUAAUAAUAGAAGCCCAUUACUUUUACAUAAUAUAAAUAUAUAAGCCUUCGUGAUAACACUCUGCACAAUUGUCAGAGUAUUACAUUUGAUUUGCUACAGUAGUUUAUGUUUAAGGCGCCUACAUCUUUGGCCUGAGAGUGAGUAAACUAACAGCACUUCACUUUCCAACUAUCAUAAGUGGUUAUUUAUGAAUAAUGUAAAACAAUGUUAUUUAUCAUCCACUGAAUACAGUUUUAUCCCAAACUAAACUGUCAUUGGCAUGAAACGCUGUUGGGCACGAAUUGUUUGAGGAUUAAGAUGUUUACUGCCAAAGAUUAAUUGUUACAGUUACAUUCUUGGAACACAAAAUAAAUGGUCUUCAUAAUUGUGUACAUUGUAAA